AUGCAGGGGGCGGGGUUUGGUGUGCAGGCCGAGCGCGUGGUGAGCUCAUCGCGCCCGGAGCGCGAGGCCCGGCGCUGGGAGCGCUGCCAGCUGACCCUGGGCCCUUUUGAGGCCCUGCACCCUGAGGGGAUCUGUCCUGGAUGGAGCAUCGUGGUCAAGGGUGAGACCUGCUCCAGUUCAGGCAUGUUUGAGAUUAAUUUGCUCUGUGAUCCCGGGGACCAAAUCGCUCUCCACUUUAACCCUCGCCUCUCCAGCUCCAGAAUUGUCUGCAACUCCUUCCUCAACAGCCACUGGGGGCAGGAAGAGGUUGACAGCACCUUCCCCUUCAAGGCAAAGGAGCCCUUUCAGGUUGAAAUCUACUCUGACCAGGACCAUUUCCAUGUUUUCAUCAAUGAAAACAAAGUCCUGCAGUACAAGCAUCGGCAGAAGAAUCUCUCAUCCAUCACCAAGCUGCAGAUUCUGGAUGAUAUUGACAUUUCUUCAGUGGAAAUCACCAAACGAGCUCUUUACUAG